UUUACAUCGCGGUUCUUUCGAAAAUUUCCUCCCACUGCGCUCCGCUGCGAAAAUCGAAUGAAUCCGUGGAAAAGUGCCGGCUGCUGCAAUGUUUAAGUCCCUAGUUUUUACGGUAAUUAAAAGGGGCAGUAGUUCCGUUCCGGUGUUUCGUUGCGCUUCCAAAGCGGCCGAUGAUGGGUGCCACUUGAAGGCUGCUGUUCUCCGAGAGAUCGGCAAACCACUGGUUAUCGAAACAGUGGAGAGGGUGAAGAAGCUCAAAGAUGAUGAGGUUCGUGUGAAAGUUCACUAUUGUAGCUUGAACGCGACGGAUGUGCAGAUUAUAUCUGGGAAGCAUCCGGAACUAGAAGUCCCUCUGCCCUUCAUACCGGGUCACGAGGUCUCGGGGGAAGUGGUGGAGUUCGGGAAGUCGAAUCCGAAUUUCCUCAAACGAGGUGACCGAGUAGUGGCAAUGAACGAUCUCCACGAUCCUAAGGGGGCUUUGAUAUCGGAAAUGAUUCUGAAAAAUCGAGACGUCUGGAUUGUUCCCAGAGAGGUGCCCCUCAAGGAUAUGACUGUAAUGCCUUACGGACAUGGAACAGCACUGUUGGCGUUUGCCCUUCACUGUCCCCUGGAGCAAAAUGACCUGUUGCUGGUAACGGCUGGUCCAGCUGGAAUGGGCCUGGCCGCAAUCGAUUUGGCCGUUAAUGUUUACAAGGCCAAAGUCAUUGCUAUUUGCGAUACCGAGAGUAGCUCAGAUUUGGUACGACAGAAGGGGGCCUACAAAACGGUUAGCAUGAGCAAAAACUACACCAAACUGUACAAGGACAUAUCAGACGCCAUGGGAGAUAAAAAGGCACGAUUGGCUUACGACGCUGUUGGCAAAGGACUACUUCAUCUGUUGGCAGAUUUCGUUGACCAUGAAACCGGUAUGCUGUUUUCGGUUGAUCCAUUCUACAACGCGGAAAAGUUCAAAGCAACCAAACCGGAAUUCGAGGUGCCGAAAAAGAAGAAAAAAUCGGAAGAAGAUGUGAAGCAUUCCGCCCAACUCUUAGACUCCUUGAUCCACCUAGACCUCUACAAAAAUCCCGACGAAGACUUCUACAGGCAAAUCAUCACCGACACCAUCGAGAUGCGGCUUCAGAAGAUGGUAUCAGGACACGUAAGCAAAGUGUUUCCGCUACCCAAGAUCCAGGAAGCGAUUGAAUUCAUCCAGAAGAAACAAUGCACCGGCAAAGUACUGAUAGAUGUUAGGCAUACAGAUUCCAAAUCCGAUUGCGGAGAUGAGAAAAAAGACGGAAAACAUUGAAGUUAGGACGUUAGGGCUAAAAAUAUUUAUAUUCGAAUUAUAUAGCAGUAAACCGUUCCUUUAACAAAUUGUGCUUAGUCUGUUGUAUUGUGGAAAAAUGCGUUUAAUAAAUUU